AUGCGUCGUAUGGAACUUGUCCCUAAUACCGUUACUUAUACAACUCUUAUUGAUGGUUUUUGCAAAGUGGGGAGAAUACAAGAGGCAGAAAAGCUGUUCUCUCAGAUGCAAGGCUAUGGCCAACAUCCAAAUGUUCAAACUUAUGCUGUUUUACUUGAUGCCCUAUGUAGCAACCAGCAACUUCCUAAGGCAAUAGAAUUGCUUACAGAGAUGAAGGACGAGAAGUUGGAACUAGAUAUUGUAAUCUACAAUAUUGUUAUUGAAGGUUUGUGCACAGCUGGAGAAGUUCAGUCUGCAAAAGAUCUCUUCUGUGGUUUAUCAUCAAAAGGAGUUCAGCCUGAUGUAAGGACAUUUACGAUAAUGAUCAGUGGACUUUGCAAAGGAGGCCUAUUGAGUGAAGCAGAAAAUUUGCUUAGAGGAAUGGAACAAAAAGGCUCUUCUCCAAACGAUUGUACCUAUAACACAAUUAUCCGAGGUUUUAUCAAUAACAAUGAGACAUCAAGGGCUAUGAGACUUAUUCAAGAAAUGCUUGAGAGGGGUUUCUCUGCAGAUGCGUCAACUAUGGAAUUGAUUGUUGAUUUAUUGUCAAAGGAUAAAGUAGAUCCUGGUUUAUUAGCAUUGCUUAAAGAUUCACUCUGA